UCAUCGCCAGAUGUCGCUUACAACACAGGUGUAAUGAAAUUUCGAAGAUUGGACCGAAAAUGACAGAAAAUCAAACGUUGAUUUCUUUAUUUCUAUUACUGCUUAUAUACAUAAACGAAGUAACCUGUUUACAAUGUUAUGAAUGUCAAGCAAAAGAUGAUCAAAGAUGUAAUGAUCCGUUCACACCGGCUGAUAUGAACAACAUUGGUGGAAUGUCAGAAUGUAGUGACGAUUAUACCCAUUGUAUAAAAUUUAAAACUUUACAAUAUUUAUCAGAUUCUGGAUACGUGACAGGAACAUGGAGAGAUGUACAAGUUGUAUCAAGAUUUUGUGUCAAAAGACCUGGUAAAAAAGAUGGAUGUUUUUGGAAAAGAUCAGCGGGAGGAUUUUAUUUUGAGUGCCUAUGCAGCUCUGAUGGUUGUAACAGUGGAAGGACUAUCAUGCCAAAUUUAAUAUCAAUCAUUGUAGCAAUGCUAGUGGCUGUGUUCUUGUCGAAAAGAUCUUAAAUUGACACAUUUGUUUAUAACUUCAUUGAUCAUAAUGUUGUAGAUAGAAGCAGAUAAAAUCAUAGAUUUUUAUUGUUUAUUAAGUACACAGAAUGGGUUAUUUCAUUUAGGGGGAAGAGGAUAAUUUGUGCCCAAAUUUACAAUGUACAUGUGGAAAUUGUCCUAAUUCUGACAACUACUCAGGUUUUCAUAAAUAUUAAAUUCACAAAAUUAAUUGUUAUUCAGAUAUUUGUGUUGAGGAUGCCUAAUUUUCACAGCAAGCCAAGACCUUCAGUGUUUUAAGAUAGUGUUACAUGGGUGACCAUAUAUUCAUUACUAUCGAAAAAAGAUUUAUUUAAAAAAUAUUCACUAACCUAUACUCAAUAACAAAAGAAAGGUUCCACCUCUAUUAUUUCUAUUGUUACAAUAGAUAACUUUUAAAAAGUGAUUAAAAAAAAGAAUCAAUAUUUUCACACAAUAUUUCUUGAAUCAUAAACAUCAAAUUCUGAUGGUUCAUUUUUGAUUCUUCAAAAAUCCACAUUUCAACCCAAAAAUGAAAAAUAUUGCCAAAUUUACGAAAACUGAAAUUUCUGUAUUUUUUUACAUGAAAUAAACAAAAAUGACUUUUACUUGUCAGGUUUUUAAGAAUUUCCUUUUUUCUUAUGACCAAUUUGAAAUUGACUCUUCUCAGACCAGUGAUUAAGUAGAAAACAUGCAGUAACAUCAUUUAGAGUUCAAACAAUCAUUUAGAUAAGUAGUUGGUUCAGCCAGAAGUAAAAUAAAUCCUAAAUUAGUUAAAAAUCAUAAUGAAAAAGGUCCAUAUAUUUGUAAAAGAGUUUUUAGGGCAUGUCUACUUUCUUGAGAAGUUUUUACACUGCUGAUCCAAAAAGAGGCUCAAAUAUUUUGAUUGCAAUAACAUCACUACCUUGGCAAUUUUCCUUUGAUGUAAAAAAAAAAAUGUCUAAUUUUGUAUAAAAACUUUCUCAAAAAUAUAUAAUAAUCAUGAAACCAUGAUGUCGUUAAAUUUUGAAUAAUGUAAAAUGUACCAGUUUAUCCAAGUAAAUCAUAGGUAUAUAGUUUGAUUUUUUUUUUUUUAAAUUAUUAAGAUAAUUUUUAGUUUUAUUCCUCUAAAAAUUCAGAUUUAUUGUGCCUUUAUGCUAUGAACAUAAUUUACACAAUAUAUAUAUAUAUUAUAUAUAUGUUAUUUUGAAUUAAGUAUUUCUAUAAUAAUGUUAUUUGAAUCAAAAAUUGUUUAUCAGUUUUCAUAUUAUAAGUCAUACUUUUUCUAUAUUUUAAAGGGGAAAUAACUCAUUAUACAAAACAAAAAAAAACUCCACUGAUAAAGUAAAAUUUAAUUUGCUCAGAAAUCAUUUAAAGAAACUCAUAGAUCAGAUUGUAAACAUUUCUUGGUAUUGGAUAUAAUGACAAAAUAGCAAUUUCAUUAUCUUUUCCAGGAUAAAUGUAAGCUGAUUUGUAAAUAUGUAUUUCUAUGAAUAAGCAAGAAGUGCCAUUUAAUUUUUAUUGAUUUGUUUAUAUUUUAUUGUACAUAUUUGUUCGUAAUUUAAACCAUGAAAAGGAAAUAUAACUGGUUGUGUCCACUAAGUGGUUUUUAAAAGGUUGCAAGAAGAAGCUAGUUUGCAAAAUUUCUGGGAGUUUUAAAAAUCUGAGGUGUGCGAAUCUUUACCAUUAAACUUGUCAUCUGGUGCCAGAAUUGGGAAGCUAAUCAGUAAAUUUAAAUUAAUGUACGGUAUACAUUUAAAGAAUCUGAAUGGUCAUUCUUACAAGCUAAGAAUAUCCACUGGAGUUCCAAUACACCAUGUUUUCAUCCUUUCAUUUUCAGGAUUCCAAAAAAAAUUUAGAAAAAUAUUUCUCUUCUUUCUAUAAUGGUAGAUUUUUCUAUGUUUUUCACUAUUUAGCCACUUCUUCCUAAUAUGACUCAAUAUAAAACCAUAUCAGCAAUGGAUCUAGAAGGUGAACACAUGACACUGGGAGAACUCAUUCAUACAACAUAUAGGUUACAAGAGCCCAAUUAUUUGUUAACAUUUUACCAGCACAAUUUUUACCCCAAGAUGGUACUCAGAAUACAAUCUAGUGCAGCUUUUAAUUGGAUGAUAAAGGGUUGAAAUUAUUUUUAAUCGAAGCAUAAUCAUUUUGAUUUAAAUUAUCAAAAAAUUUCAUUCAUAUUUUACAAGGUGUAGUAUGUAGGGAGGAGCCAUUAAGAAAUUGCCUUUUCCUUGCAGCGAAAAAAAUAGAUGUUUUUUUCAACUGCAUUUUUAGUCAACUUUUGCCACAUGACCAUAUAUAUAUAUUUUUUUUUACAAAGCUGAUAUUCUAGUAACAGGAACUGCUACCCAUUUUUUUCUAGUUUGUGUAGUCUUCUAGAAAUAAAAUGUGGAACACCACUGGUACCCUAUGGAAAAUGCAUUACGAAUAAUUGCGCUCUUGUAACCUAUAUGUGUUACAUGCAUAAACCAAAUUUACGAAAUAAGGUAUCAGUACUACGGUCAUACUUGAAAACCAUGACACCAUAUUAAAUACCGAUCAUAUACAUGUAUUGGACUUUUUGACCAGAUAAUGUACCAUUAAUUUUAAGCAGAUUAGAUACCAGUCAUUUGUAAGAAGUUUUUACAGAAAAGGUACCAGUUUGCAACACAAAUAAUUUCAUGAUUUUAACUUUUUGAUUAUCGUUAAUUAUGAUAUACAUAUCGGAGAAUGAAUUAUAAAUAGAUUCAAAUCUAUUUUUAUAGCAUUUUGUAAAGUUGCAUUUCAUAUGGUGUGUAUAUAUAAUAUUACGUCCUCAUCUUUUUUUAUAUACUAUAUGUACAUUCCAAGACAUUUUAUAUUAUAUAUGCAAUUAUAAUAAAAACUACAAUUUUAUAUAUU